AUGAAUUCUUCUGAAGAUAAUGUUUCUACAUCUACAUUUAUUACCAGAAAAUCCAGUUCGGGAAGACCUGAGAUGCAACAACUUAAACCAGCCUAUGACCCACCUAGCCAUACAUCAGUUUCAAAUACCAUUUUAAAUUCAGAAAAUGCUCAAAUUACAAUAAAAAUCAAUGAAGAACUUCAAAAAGAAGAGAAUAUUACAAUUGUGAUCCCAAUAAUAGAAAUUUAUACAAUUUUGUACUCAUGGCUUCAGACAGAAGAGAAUACCUUUGGAAAAUAG